AUGUCUUUAUUUAAAUAUCUCAAUCUGGAGGGGUGUGCUAAUAUUACUAAAGAAGCCAUAGAUCAGCUCGUUUUACUUAAUCCAAAUAUCCAUGUUGAGGAUUUCAUGAAUUCUAUGGAUAUGCGAGCUGAAUUAGAUCAAGAGAUAGGAUGGAUAUAUAACAUUCGGCAUAGUGUUGGUAAUAAUCUGAAUUCAGUUCUACCUCAGUUAUACCAGCAUCUUAGUUUCAUGACGGUUGACUCUGGUGACGAUCACCACAUUAUAGCUAUGAACAGACAUUCACCGACUCGAGGUAAUAUUUCCACCUUAAUGUCGAGAGCUGGUGAUAGAAUACUAGCCAAUCAAUCAGAAUGGUAA